CAACUCUACACCAGGGACCGCUACGACCGAGUGUGUCCGUUUCACAAUGGUUCUCGAAGAGCAGCGAUUUAUCCACGAGGAUCUGGAACGGCUGGAGCAGGCUGUUGCCGACCGCGUCGGAGAAGAACCUCGCAACAUUCGCGAUCGCCUGGCACGGGACCAUGAGAUCUCUCACUUCCUGAACCGCAUUGACGAACAGUCGCAUCGGCUACUGGAGAUCUACAAAGAUGCGGAUGGCGCGCGCGAGAAGGAAAUCCAGUCGAUCUCGACGGGCGACCAGUUCGAGGAGUUCUACAAGCAGCUGGACGAAAUCAAGGAUUUUCAUCGCCGGUAUCCCAACGAGCCUGUCGAGAACCUCGAGCGGGCGUACAAGCGCCGUCAGCCCGGUGAGGGCGAGCCGUUCGGCAUGGACAUCGAUCACAUGUUUACGGGUGAAGAGGGCUACGGCCAGUUCUUGGAUUUGACGAUGUUGCACGAACAGUACCUUAACCUUCCUGGGGUGAAGAGACUGACAUAUGUGCAAUACCUCGAUGUGUUCGAUGCCUUCACGCCGCCGCAUUUGACCAUCAAGCGGGCCAACAAACUGUCCGAUACGUAUUUCCGCUAUGCCGGGGAGCUGGCAAACUACCUGGAAGAUUUCAUCAAGAAGGUGCGGCCUUUGCAGGACCUUGGUAAACUGUUUGCCAGCUUCGAUGAGCAGUUCGAGCAGCAGUGGAGCGCCAACGAAGUUCCCGGAUGGACGGAGGAGAAAGCUGAAGAAGGGACUCAGGGGCCCAAGACCGAAGGUACCGGGGAAGGGAUCUGGUGCGCCGACUGCGAGAAGGAGUUCAAGAACGAGAACGUCUACAAGAACCAUUUGACCGGUAAGAAGCACGUCCGGGCCGCCGAGGCCCGCAAGGCUGCUGGCGAAUCUGGCGACAAGCCGGCCCCGUCGGCUGGAGGCGCGAACUCCGUCACUCAUCGCCUAAAAGAGCGCGCUGUCGCAGAGCGUGAGCACCGUGUCCGGUCGCUGGCACAAGCACUGAGCGGCGAGCGCCAAGCUACCCGGAUCAAUGUGGAGCGGAAACAGGGUAUGACGGAGCGAGAGCGCCAGAUGGAGCUGGAGGCGUUGCUUGCGGAGUCUGAAAACCCUGGCGAGGCCCAGGCGGGUGAUCAAUCCGAUGACGAGGGCGAUGAUCGCAUCUACAACCCUCUCAAACUUCCUCUGGCUUGGGACGGCAAGCCGAUUCCCUACUGGCUCUACAAGCUGCACGGCCUGGGCGUUGAGUACCCCUGCGAGAUCUGCGGAAACUUCGUCUACAUGGGUCGUCGCGCCUUCGACAAGCACUUCUCGGAAGCCCUGCACAUCUUCGGUCUGAAAUGUCUAGGCAUCACGUCGAACACCAACCUCUUCCGUGAAAUCACCCGGAUCGAAGAUGCCAUCCGACUGUGGGAGAAGCUCGAGCAGGACCGCAAGAAGGACCGCGACCACAAAGACAACGUGGUGCAGAUGGAGGACGCGGAGGGCAACGUGAUGCCGGAGAGGAUCUACCUGGAUCUUCAAAAGCAGGGCAUUCUGUAAACGUCACUUUGCUCUUUCCAUGUUCCAUCCAUUUUCCCGCCUCAUACCAUAUCGUUCACGUUUAAAAGCUCGGAGUUUUGGUGGUGUUGCUCUUUUCCACGGGGUUACGUUCUUUGGGUUGUCUGCUGGUUGGGAAUUAUAACAAUGGCAGCGCACGCCAUGCGCCUCAUGUAUUCUACCGUAAGAUGCUAGUCCAUUAGCAAUAUUAGAUCGUGUC